AUGCUCGCAACAAGCUCCGGCGCAGAGCCAAACAAAGCCCUGAACUUCACCCACACUUCGAAACACAUCUCACCACCCGGACCUCCAGUCCACGACCGCACCAACAGCAAUAUAUCCUUCCCUUCUUCCUCCGAUGCCUCAACCGACACGCCCGAUGCCGAUACCUCAAUCUACCCGGACGGCAAGAUGUCUCUGGCGGGAAUUUCGCUGCGCGCAAUGCUCCUCGGCACCAGCCUCGGGCUAUCAGCAAGCAUGGCAUUGUUCCUAAGUACCGUGUAUCCAAGUUCACUGUGGCGCGUGCCGUUCUUCGUCGCCUCACUGAGCCUGUUCCACUUCCUGGAGUUCUACGUGACGGCGCAAUACAACACGCGGUAUGCGACUAUCUCCGCGUUCCUGCUGUCAUCUAACGGAUGGGCGUAUAAUGUUGCGCACGGAUCUGCCAUCGUGGAGUGCAUCGUGUCGCAUGUUUUCUGGCCCGGGCAGACUGCUGCUGGGCGGAUGGUCACUGUGACGGAACCGUUUUUCGGAAGCUCGGUCUCGCUUCUGCUUGUCGCAGGCUUUGCGCUUCUAUUGAUCGGACAGAUUGUUCGGACUAUUGCUAUGGCGCAGGCUGCUAGUAACUUCAAUCAUCAUGUGCAGAGUCAGCACCAGGAGGGUCAUGUUUUGGUUAAUACUGGGCUUUAUCGGUAUCUGCGGCAUCCGAGCUACUUUGGAUUCUUCUGGUGGGGUCUGGGAACACAGUUGAUACUAGGGAAUAUGGUUUGUUUUGUUGGAUAUGCCCUCGUGUUGUGGCAGUUCUUCUCGAGCCGGAUCAAGCGAGAAGAAGCUUACUUGAUCUCCUUCUUUGGCGACGAGUAUGUUCAGUACAGAAAGGCUACCCCGGUUGGGAUCCCGGGAAUUUAG